AUGGACACUCAGGAAUUGAUCCAAGAAGUCAAGGCAAUGCUAGAGCAAACAAAAGAUAUGUUAGACCGGCAUGGACUUGGCGGGGUUGGAGCUUCGCUAAGUGUUCAAGAUGCUUUCGAAGAGCAGCACUUAAUCACCCUAGCUCGGUUAAACAGGGCUUGUGGUUACAGCAGCUCCACCACUGCCGAGAAUGAGGACGAGCUUCUAGAGCAGGAUCUUCAACAGAUUCACAAGAAGCGUAAGCUGGGGACAAAAGCACCGUUAGUGCUCGGUGGCCCUAAGGAUCCUUGGAAGCGUAUCACCAACCCAACGAAUUUUGAGCGGCUACCUGAUGUGCCUAAAUACGUUCUUAUCCACAUACGAAGACACGGCAAUGAUGCUCAGAAGUUCUUACGCGCCCUGGCCCUGAUUAGUGAUUGCGGCGACUAUACCUCUAACGAUGAUCUCGGCAACGCUUUCAUGUCGCGCUACCAAUGGACCAACCAAGUCAAUCGACGUGAAGAGCAGAUAAGGGUGCUCCAGCUCUUCAACGACCUAUUCUGGUUUGAUAUCAUGCAAUGCCUUCGUCCCAAAGGUACUGGGCGUGUUGGUGACGUAAUGCUGGCAGAACUAGACACAUUUCUCACGCCUCUACACUUUGAGACUAUAGGACUACGCAAAGAUACAGUCAUCGAGAACAUAAGCGAAUGGAGCCUUCGUGGUGCGAAGAUCAAUAAGUUGUGCCGAAUCUACGGACCAGGUAUAAUACUUGUCCUCCACAAGCAGUUUUCCAGGCACUUUUUUGACAGCAGGUUCACCGCCUCGGGUGUCUAUUUCGACGGCGCUAUUACCCGAUUGGAUAGCCUUGGCUUGAAGGACACCAUCAAAAGCAACAAACUUGGAGAUCUUGCCCAGAGUGUUCGCGAGCUCAUGAUCAAGCCUUUUCGAGACGCCUUGCGAGGUAAACAAACAGCGCGGGGUGGUACUGAAUAG